AUGGAAUUGGAUGGAAUGGCCUUGGACUUGGGACAUAAACUUCCAGUGGGUUUUAUGUACAAACCAAUAGGAAAGGUGCUUAAUAUGGGCUACAUGGUGGUAGGGGAUAAGGAGAUCCUAAGAAUUGUAGAGGAUAUUGAGAGGAAUCGGGCUACAAAGAUUGACAUAUUUCUUGUUUUUCCUGAAACAGUUCUACCUUUAGAUUGGAAGGAAGAUUCAGAAGCUGUUAAACAUGUCCCUGCUAACAUUUUACCUCCUCUGAAAAGAUGUAUUAUAGAGGAAUUACCAGAUGAUUGUGAUGUCCCUACAGAUGUUGUUGGUAUCCCUGUUGAUGCAACCAUUGAUGGGGAACAAGAAGAGUUUGAUGUUGAUCAAUAUUCUGAGGAAUUUCAUGAUGCUGCCUUUGAUGAACCUGAUAAAGAGGAAUAUGAAGAAGAGUUUGACUACAUGGAUGAUGAAAGUGAUAUGGAAGACCAAAUACCAGAGGUGGUUGUGCUUUCAGAUUCAGAGGAUGAUAUUGGUGAUGUGAGGGAGGAUACAGUUGAGGAGAACCAAGACCCGGUUCAAAGUGACAGAAAUAGGAAAGGAAAGCAAGCUGAUGUGAGGGAAAAUACAGCUGAGAAGAGCCAAGACAAAGUUCAGAGUGACAGAAAAGGGAAAGCAAAGCAAAGUGAUGAAGAUUUCAUAUUGGAGGAGGAAGAGUUUGAGCAAGAUGUUGAAGCUGAGAUAGAGAUGGGUACACAAUCUGACCCUAGGAAGUGGUGGCGAUCAGUUGCAGAUUUUUGUACUCAAAAUCUUGAUGAUGGAGACUCAGAUGGUAUAUGUUCUGAGGAGGAGUUGCACGAAUUGAAGUCAGAUGAUGAGUUUGAUGCUGGUAAAAAUUCCAAAGAAUUCAACCCGAAAACCAAAAUGCAAAACUUCCAAUUUGUUCUUGGCAUGGAAUUUGCCACUGUUACAAUUUUAAGGAAUGCAAUAAGGGAGUACUUUAUUGAAGGUGAUCGAGAAUAUGUAUUUAUUGCCAAUGAUUCAAAUAGAGUUAGAGUUAAGUGCAAGGGUGCAAACUGUGAGUGGAUGUUGUUUGCUUCAAUAGUUAACAAGAUAUAUGGAAAAACAAUGAGGGUCAAAACACUUGUUGACAAGCAUAGUUGUGGCAUUGUUUUGGACAAUAAAAAGCUGACCUCAACUUGGCUUGCAAAGCACUUUUUGGAGCAAUUUAGGCUAAAUCCGAGUAUGGAAUACAAUGUAUUUAGGGAGAUAACUACAAAGACCAAGUACUCACGUGUGUCUAGCUGGACAUUUUACAGGGCCAAGACAAAAGCAAGGAAGAUGUUGGAUGGGUCUGUCAAGGAACAAUACGCCAUUCUUGAUGACUACUGUAAAAGGUUGUUGGCUACCAAUCCUGGAUCUACUGUGAAGUUGAAAACUGAUUUGGUUAAUGGGAGAAGGCAAUUUCAGCGUAUUUAUAUUUGUCUUAAGGCAUGUAGAGAUGGCUGGUUGGGAGGUUGUAGACCUCUAAUUGGUCUUGAUGGCUGCUUUUUAAAAGGAUAUUGUAAGGGCAUUUUAUUGGCUGCAGUAGGCAUUGACGGUAAUAACUCCAUGUUUCCCAUUGCCUACUGUGUUGCUGAAAAGGAAAACACUGAGGUUUGGACUUGGUUCUUGGAGCUAUUGAAGGCUGAUAUUGGGAGUUUGAGUCCCACCAAGGUGAAAAUGAUGAGUGAUCGUAAAAAAGGAUUAGAAAAUGCAGUGGGAGCCAUCUUCAGUGGGUGUGAGGUGAGGUUUUGUGUUAGACAUCUUCAUGCUAACUUUAAAAAGGAAUAUCCUGGACUUUUACUUAAGCAACUUUUGUGGGCAGCAGCUAAUAUUACAACACAAGCUGAGUUUGCUCGAACAAUGCAAGAAGUCAAGAGUGUCUCGGAUGGUGCUUACUAUUGGCUGGCAGGGAAGAACCCCACAGAAUGGACUAAGUCACAUAUUUCAGAGUACCCAAAAUGUGACAUUUUGGUGAACAAUUUGUGUGAGAGUUUCAAUGCAGCCAUACUUGAUGCUCGCGACAAGCCAAUUAUAACUUUACUAGAGAAAAUUAGAUUUUGGUUGAUGUCUCGGUUUUAUAACAAAAAAGCUGAGUUGGAGAAGAUGACUCAACCUGUGGGGAAGAGAAUUUUGAAGAUAAUUGAGAAGCAAAAAGAGGUUGCAAAGCAUUGUCUGGUUACUAGGUCUGACAAGUUUCAGUUUCAGGUUCAAUGCAGCAAUGGUAGUGCCUUGGUUGUCGAUUUGGAAUUCAGAACUUGUACAUGUAGGAGGUUUCAACUAUCUGGGCUUCCUUGUGGCCAUGCACUAGCUACUAUCUGGUUCAUGGGAGGUAAUGUCUUUGAUUAUGUCCACGGAUUCUAUAAAAAAGAAUCAUUGCAAAAAGCAUAUGGACAGAGUGUGCAUCCUAUGCCUAGUCCAGAUAUGUGGCCUCAGACAGGACUCAACCCAAUUGAUCCACCACCUGAGACGAAGCUGCCUGGAAGACCUAAGAAAGCUAGGAGAAGGGAGACAGAUGAACCUCCACCUGCUUUAAAGAAAGCUCGAAGAACUGGACAAGUUAAAACAUGCAGCAAUUGUCUUAAAACAGGCCAUAGGAGAGAAACAUGCAAAUCUGCUAAGGUGGUGGUUGAGGUAUAA